AUGGCAAUACGCGGUGUGGACUUGCAAGAUGUGCCCCCGCCGUUACCGCCCCCUCGGCUGGUUCCCAUCAACGGCCCGGUUGAUAAAAGUCUACAAACCAAGGAGAACAUGCGCGGCCAGGAAGACUAUUCGAGCGCGUACAGUGACUCCCUCGGCAUGAGCUUCUCGCGGCGCGACAGGACGUUCAAGAGCGAUUUCCCCGACGAAGCGUAUCAUAGCUUCGAGAGUUUCAGAUCCCCGCCUGACCUGCCUUCACCCUUCGGCCUCCACACCAUGAAUAGCUUCCGUCCCAAUGGCGACUCGAUCGACAACUCGAUGCUCAACCGGUUGAACCGGCCCGCCCGGCGAUCUGGCCUGAGCGCGUCAGUAGGCGAUCUGCUCCACCCCGGCCGUCCGAACCACACCCAGCUCACGACUCUCUCCUUGCCGCAUCGGACCAAACAACCGCUGCUCGACUCGGGCUUCACAAAGUCGCCCGGCGCAAUAUCUGCGACGUCACCAAUCCACGCUCCCUUCGGCCAUACCGGGCGCGACUCAGUGGAUUAUCGCUUGCCUUUUGGCCCUGGUGGGCCCGACAUGGAGCGCUCGCCUUUGCACCGCAGUCAGAGACUUCAUAGCGUCCAGUCACAGGAUGACAAUCCGGGAAUGGCCUACGGCGGCUACGACGUUCGCGAAGACGAGACAGAUUUCCCAAUGGAAGAGACAUCACGCAUGCGCAGCUUGAACAUCGAGGACCAGUGGAAAGAGAGGGAUACGGACCGCGACCGCGACUGGGAGCGAGAGAGGGACAGAGAAAGGGAUUGCUACCAGCCAGGCCAGAAGCGCCGCGCGUCAUCACCGCCUAGUGACGAUGCGCCUCUUGCAAACGACCUGCUCAGGAGGAGGGACUGCGGCCUCAUGUCCAGGGGCUCGCCCACGCCCAGGUUACUCGUCAUGCCUCAGAACUCGGUAUCAAGCAUAUCCACAAUAAGCCGAAGUGGGAGCUUUGCCAGCAACCUCACCACCAGCAGUAUAACGAGCAUAGGUUCAUUUGGGCGUCGCUCACCAAACCCCUUGUCUCCCGCCGGUUUGUCUCCGACCGACCCCAUGGGUUGUGCAAGUCCCUACGCAACCCCGUUGACUGCCUCCGCGUCUUCCCGCCCGUCGAUCGGACGAUCCAGCGCGACGCAGUCGCCCCGCCAGCGGAUGGGGAGCGAGCAGCCGAUGGCAGUACAGACAGCUCGCUCCGUGACUUCACCGCGGAAGCUCGCAGAGAUUCCCAAGAAUUCGAGCACCCUAGCUGCCAAGCUGAAGGGCCCUUGGAUGUGCGAAUGUUGCCCUAAGAAGCCCAAGAAAUUUGAGACGGAGGAAGAAUUAAGACUCCACGAAGCCGAAAAGCAAUACGAAUGUUCGUUUUGCGGGAAUCGCUUCAAGAACAAGAACGAAGCCGAGAGGCACCAAAAUUCCCUCCAUGUCCGGCGACACAGCUGGUCAUGUUCGGCUUUAACGAGCUACGAGCGAGCCUUCCACGACAGCACCACGAAACCCGGUGAAGUCGAUAUCUGCGGCUACUGUGGCGAGGAGUUCCCGAGGACCGGCCAGAACCAGGGCGUGGUCUGUAUGAGCGAGCAGGAUCUGGAAGAGCGGGUCCGCCACCUUCAGGACGUUCACAAAUUCCGCGAGUGCAACUCGAGCAAAAAGUUCUACCGGGCCGACCAUUUCCGCCAGCAUCUCAAGCAUAGUCAUGCCGGCACCAGUGGGAAAUGGACAAACAUGCUGGAGAAUGCCUGUAUGAUGGAGGAAGACCCCCCUGCCGGGACCAGAUGA